AUGUUCGAGAAAAAGUUCAACAUUGAAGUACAAACUUUACAGCCUUUACGUGAGUUUCUUGCACAACUGAAGGAAGAAGGUAGUCGGCCACAACUUAUAGACUUUCAUUAUGAAUUUAAUGAAAAUGAAGAUGGAACUCAUGACUGUCAAUUCAUUGUAUUCUCACCAUUCAAUGAAGUAGCUAAAAAGAAAAAAAAUCCAUUACGUAUAAGAUUUCAAAUCUCUGAACCAAAUGAUGACUUCAAAAAUGUUUUCAAUUAUUAUGCAAUGCUUCCGAGGAAAAAUGAAUUUUCAAAGAUUGUAACACCUGGCAUUUGGGAUAGAAAGCAAGCUAUAUUAUAUUCAAACUUAAGUAAGGGAGUUGAAAAUGAGUUCAUUGGUCAUACAAGAACUUCACCACUGCCAAAUCCUAAGUAUUACAAGCUUACUGGCUUCAAUCGUGAGUUUUGGAUAGACAUGUUCUCCACUCAUGACCAUAAAGCACCUGUUUUGCUACCUCCAGACCAUAAGGACUGUCUCUACAUUGAAGCACAACUCUUAAACUCUACCAUCGCAGUAUUGUAA